AUGUCAUUGCUGUGCAGCUGUUGUGGUGAAAGGAGUGAAUUUAUAGGAAAGAAAGGAGAUGUAGCACUUGCUUGGAAGGAUGGAUUCGACAUUGUUGUAAACAAUUCCGGCCAACAAGGGUUUGUAUGCUCAACUAAAUCUAUCAAAGCAGAUAAGGAUGAGGUAUUAGAUACUAUCAAACCUAAAUUGUGUUCUCUGGACAAUGAUAUCUUGGAAGCCCCAUUAUCCGAUGAGGAGAUAAGAGUGAUUGCUUUCCAAAUGGGGGCAAAAAAAGCACCAGGGCCAGAUGGCUUUACUGGUCUUUUUUACCAGUCUUACUGGGAUAUUGUGGGGGAUAAUGUUACUCAAAUGGUUAAACAAUUUUAUAAAAAGAAUAAAACAAAUCUUGGAAGUGCUGCAAUCAAGCUGGACAUGUCCAAGGCUUAUGAUAGAUUGGAAUGGUCAUUUUUGGCUAAAGCUAUGGAAAAAUUGGGGUUUAAUCCAAAGUGGAUUAGACUAAUUAUGAACUGCAUAAGUAUUGUUUCCUAUUCAAUUCUCCUAAAUGGAAGUCAUAUUGGGAAAUUCAAACCUGAAAGAGGUUUAAGACAAGGGGACCGUAUGUCCCCUUAUCUAUACAUUGUAUGUGCUGAAGCCUUUACUUCAUAUAUUAAACACUUGGAGGAUUCUAACCUGGUACAUGGUAUAAAAUGUGCUAAGACUGGUCCUUCCAUUAGUCACAUUUUGUUUGCAGAUGACAGUCUACUCUUCACUAUGGCAACUAUCCCUGAUUUUCAUGCUAUCAAAAAUUAUCUGCAAAAGUAUUGCAAUGCAAUUGGUCAAGAGAUUAAUUUCAAUAAGUCAGGGUUAUUCUUUAGCUCUAAAAUCCAUCCAAGGCAUAGAAAAAUGUUAGCCAAAAUCCUAAACAUCACUACUCUCAAUCUAGGAGAGAAGUAUUUGGGAACUCCAAUUACUAUCCUAAAAUCUAAAACACAAACCCAUCUCUCUAUGUUGAGUACAGCGGAGAAAAGGGUGAAUAAUUGGCUAACUCAAUUUCUAGCUCAGGCUGGCAAGUCCACACUGGUAAAGCAUGUAGGACAAGCAAUGUCACUUUACCAAAUGGCUACUUUUUUAAUUCCAAAAAGCAUAUGCAAUAAAAUUGAUUCUCACCUUAAUAGAUACUGGUGGGGGGAGGAUCUAGACACAAAGAAGAGUAAAUUGCAUCUCAUAGCUUGGGAGAAUAUCUGCAAAACCAAGAAAGAAGGUGGAUUAGGAUUUAGAAUCAGUGAGAUAAACAACUUAGCCAUGAUGGCUAGAAGUGUUUGGAAAUUAAUAGAAAAUCCAUCUUCUCUUCUGGCGCAAGUUCUGAAAGCAAAAUAUUAUGCAAACAGUGAUGUCUUGAACUCUUAUUGUCCUGAUAAGGCUUCUUGGGUAUGGAAAUGUCUACAUAACACAAUGAACAAAAUAAAACCAUUUAUCUCAUGGGUAGUGGGGGAAGGAAAUUUUAUAGACCCAUGGUGUAAUUGGAUACCUAGGAAAGGAGUUGCAACACCAAAAGCAAACUCAAUUCCUGAUAAGAACUUAAAAGUAAGUGAUAUUAUUAAUCAUGACACAAGAACAUGGGAUACAAAAAAAUUAAGUGAUGUUUUUGACCAAUCUUCAAAAGAGAUGAUUCAAAAAAUCCCUCUUAGAUCUGAAUCUUCUAUAGACAGAAGAAUUUGGACUCCAACUAAAGAUGGAGUCUUUACUACAAAGUCUGCAUAUACCACCUUUAGUGUGAGGGGGGAUGAUUCUGAAUCUGAUUUAUGGAGUGCAGUUUGGAAACUGAAAGUGCCUGCAAGAAUCCAACUUUUUGUAUGGAAGGCUCUAAAAAGGGCACUACCAGUGAAUGAAAUUCUUCAUAAAAGAAUUCAUAUAUCUGAAUACAUUUGCCCUAAAUGGAAAUUGAAGACGGAAUCAACAAUGCAUGCUUUAGUCACCUAUUCUUCUCAUCAAUUUAUCUACGCAGAGUCGAAGAACCUGAUUUCUUGUUCUGCAGAAGAAGCGGAGAUCUGUGGGAUUAAAGAUGCCUUAAGAGUUGCGAAGGAGAUGAAGAUGGAUCGAAUUAUAAUCGAAGCUGAUGCCGCAGAAAACAUGGGUUGGUAUGUGCCACCGGUUUGGCUCCUACCUGCCCUGUGUGGCGACUUUAGGGACGAACCAACUGAUGUUCUGUAA